GGCGGCGUCAUGUGAUCCGCUUCCCUGCUCCUUUAAGCGUCCACAGGCGGCGGAGCGGCCACAAUCACAGCUCCGGGCAUUGGGGGAUCCCGAGCCGGCUGCGCCCGGGGAAUCCGUGCGGGCGCCUUCCGUCCCGGUCCCAUCCUCGCCGCGCUCCAGCACCUCUGAAGUUUUGCAGCGCCCAGCAAGGAGGCGAGGGAGGAGGGACUGUGUGAGAGAAGGGAGCAAAAAGCACACCCUAAAACAUUUAUUUCAAGGAGAAAAGAAAAAGGGGGGGCGCAAAAAUGGCUGGGGCAAUUAUAGAAAACAUGAGCACCAAGAAGCUGUGCAUUGUUGGUGGGAUUCUGCUCGUGUUCCAAAUCAUCGCCUUUCUGGUGGGAGGCUUGAUUGCUCCGGGGCCCACAACAGCAGUGUCCUACAUGUCGGUGAAAUGUGUGGACGCCCGUAAGAACCAUCACAAGACAAAAUGGUUAAUGCCUUGGGGACCCAAUCAGUGUGACAAGAUCCGAGACAUCGAAGAAGCAAUUCCAAGGGAAAUUGAAGCCAAUGACAUUGUAUUUUCCGUCCAUAUUCCCCUCCCCUCCAUGGAGAUGAGUCCUUGGUUCCAGUUCAUGCUGCUUAUCCUGCAGCUGGACAUUGCCUUCAAGCUAAACAACCAAAUCAGAGAAAAUGCGGAAGUUUCCAUGGACGUUUCCCUGGCUUACCGUGAUGAUGCGUUUGGUGAGUGGACUGAAAUGGCCCAUGAGAGAGUACCGCGGAAACUCAAAUGCACGUUCACAUCUCCCAAGACCCCAGAGCAUGAGGGCCGUUACUAUGAAUGCGAUGUCCUUCCUUUCAUGGAAAUUGGGUCUGUGGCCCAUAAGUUUUACCUUUUAAACAUCCGGCUGCCUGUGAAUGAGAAGAAGAAAAUCAAUGUGGGGAUUGGGGAGAUAAAGGAUAUCCGGUUGGUGGGCAUCCACCAAAAUGGAGGCUUCACCAAGGUGUGGUUUGCCAUGAAGACCUUCCUUACGCCCAGCAUCUUCAUCAUUAUGGUGUGGUACUGGAGGAGGAUCACCAUGAUGUCCCGACCCCCAGUGCUUCUGGAAAAAGUCAUCUUUGCCCUUGGGAUUUCCAUGACCUUUAUCAAUAUCCCAGUGGAGUGGUUUUCCAUCGGGUUUGACUGGACCUGGAUGCUGCUCUUUGGUGACAUCCGACAGGGCAUCUUCUAUGCGAUGCUUCUGUCCUUCUGGAUCAUCUUCUGUGGCGAGCACAUGAUGGAUCAGCACGAGCGGAACCAUAUUGCAGGAUAUUGGAAGCAAGUCGGACCCAUUGCCGUUGGCUCCUUCUGCCUCUUCAUAUUUGACAUGUGUGAGAGAGGGGUACAACUCACGAAUCCCUUCUAUAGUAUCUGGACUACAGAUGUUGGAACAGAGCUGGCCAUGGCCUUCAUUAUCGUGGCUGGAAUCUGCCUCUGCCUCUACUUCCUGUUUCUAUGCUUCAUGGUAUUUCAGGUGUUUCGGAACAUCAGUGGGAAGCAGUCCAGCCUGCCAGCUAUGAGCAAAGUCCGGCGGCUACAUUAUGAGGGGCUAAUUUUUAGAUUCAAGUUCCUCAUGCUUAUCACCUUGGCCUGUGCUGCCAUGACUGUCAUCUUCUUCAUCGUUAGUCAGGUAACGGAAGGCCAUUGGAAAUGGGGCGGCGUCACAGUCCAAGUGAACAGUGCCUUUUUCACGGGCAUCUAUGGAAUGUGGAACCUGUAUGUCUUUGCUCUGAUGUUCUUGUAUGCACCAUCCCAUAAAAACUAUGGGGAAGACCAGUCCAAUGGCGAUCUGGGUGUCCACAGUGGGGAAGAACUCCAGCUCACCACCACUAUCACCCAUGUGGACGGACCCACUGAGAUCUACAAGUUGACCCGCAAGGAGGCCCAGGAGUAGGAGGUUGCAGCGCCCGGCUGGGACGGUCUCUCCACACCCCAGCUCCUCUAACUAGAGCGGGGAGCGUGCCAGAGAGAGCUCAAUGUAUAAACGAAUGCCUCGUGGCUCUUAGCUGUGGUUUCUUGGACCAGCGGCAUGGACAUUUGUCAGUUUGCCUUCUGACGGUAGCUUUUGGAGGAAGAUUCCUGCAGCCACUAAUGCAUUGUGUAUGAUAACAAAAACUCUGGUAUGACACAUUUUCUGUGAUCAUUGUUAAUUAGUGACAUAGUAACAUCUGUAGCAGGUGGUUAGUAACUUCAAGUGGCGGGUGGGGUGGGGGGGUGUAUUCCUUGGGGGAUGGUUUGGGCCGAAUGGGGAGUGGAAUAUUUGACAUUUUUCCUGUUUUAAAUUCUAGGAUAGAUUUUAACAUCCUUUGCAGUCCCAGUCCAAGGUAGGCUGGUGUCAUAGUCUUCUCACUCCUAACCCAUGACCACUGUUUUUUUCCUAUUUAUGUCACCAGGUAGCCUACUGAGUUAAUAUUUAAGUCGUCAAUAGAUAAGUGUCCCUAUUUUUGUGGCAUAAUAUAAAAUAACUGCAUUUCUUGAGAUCUAUUCCACUAGGGAUAUUUCAGCUUUGAAACCAAAUCUGUGUAUCUAAUACUAACCAGUCUGUUGGAUGUGGAUUUUAAAAAAUGUGUGCUAAACUACCCAAGUAGGAUUUAUUGUAUUAAAAUGGCCUUUGGGUCUGAAAAGCUUUUUUAACCUCUUGCUUAAAACGUGUUUUAUUUUGAUCAGAUACAUCAAAUAGCCUCCAAAAGUAUAGAUCCAAUCAUUUAAAUAAACCUGUAUGUAUAUGCA